AGCUCUGGAACGGUCUUCGCGCAGCCGCCGCCCCUUAGUGCAGGGAAAUGGCACCUCAUCGUCGCCCUCCUCCUCCUCUUUCUCCUCCGUAGCAGCGGUGGGCUAGGGGACCCAGGUUCGCUUCCCCGCCUUCCCUUAGCCCUUUGGGAGCCAGCAGCAGCGAGCCACCCGAGCGCCGGAGUGCAGCCAGCCAGCCAGCCAGACGCCUUUGCGGGGUGUCCCGCCUGCCUGGCCACAGGGGGAUGGAGGUGCGGCGGGCUCCGAGCCGCAGCCCGGAGUCCAAACUUCAGCGCGGGCUUUCAGUGGAGCAGCUGCCGCCGUCUCCCCCACCGCCGCCGCUUCGCCUUCUGGCCUGAGAGCAGGACCAUGGAUGAGAGGUUCAACAAGUGGUUGCUCACGCCGGUGCUCACGCUCCUCUUCUUGAUCAUCAUGUACCAGUACGUUUCCCCCACCUGCACCAGUUCCUGUACCAACUUUGGGGACAAGUUCCGCGCUGGGGAGUCGGGCCAGGUUGCAGCCGCCCCAGCGGGUCCCCGAGAGGACCAGCAGCAACCACCACCCCGGGACCAGGAAGCUGAGAUUCCGGGAUCACCGGCGGCACAGCUGGCCGGGCCAGUGCAGGAGGCAGAGGAAGAAUUCGAGGAGUUGGAAGAGGAGGAGGAAGAGCAGGACCGAGAGUCCCAGGACAAUGGCUCUUUGCCCAAAUUUGUGCCCCGCUUCAACUUCUCGGUUAAGGACCUGACUCGUUUCGUGGAUUUCAACAUCAAAGGGCGGCACGUGAUCGUCUUCUUGCCCAUCCAGAAGACUGGGGGCACUACCUUCGGGCGGCACCUAGUGAAGAAUAUCCGGCUGGAGCAGCCCUGCAGCUGCAAGCCCGGCCAGAAAAAAUGCACCUGCCACCGACCAGGCAAAAAGGAGACGUGGCUCUUCUCGCGCUUCUCCACGGGCUGGAGCUGUGGGCUGCACGCCGACUGGACAGAGCUCACCAACUGUGUGCCGGCCAUCAUGGAGAAGAAGGACUGCCCUCGAAACCACAGCCGCACCAGUGCAUUAUAUUAUAGUAAUCAAAUAUCUUCAUAGGCUGGAGCUGGAAGGGGCCUUUGACAUCAAUUUUAACUGCCUCAUUGUGGAGAUCAAAAAACAUCACCAAGUUUAAGUUAAGUGACAUAAAUAAGGUCACAUGGGUAGUAAGUAGAAUAGCAGGCAUUCAAAUCCAGGCCCAGUUUUCCUUCCACUAGGACAAGAAGAAAUUUCCAAUAGACAUGUAUGGGAAUUUUGACUUAACUGUGAAAUGGUGCUGAAUGCUAGUAGUAAAUGCCACGUAGCUAACUGAGCUAACUGCACCUACUACAAAUAGCACAGUCUUCUUUCUACACAAACCCUCCAUUUCUCUGUAUCUUGGCUGAGAUUUUCACACAUGUAACAAAAAUUUCCCAAUGCAUGCUUUCUCU